UUUCCAGACAUGCAAAAUUACUUUGUGCAGCCAUAGAUGUGUCUCUCAGCUGCACUGCCUCCGCCUUCCCUCUUCCAGAUGCUGACAGGCUCUGAAUCAGUGGACAGAGAGAAACAGCUCCUCUCCUAUCUGCAUGGAAACUGGACGGGGGAUGAAUAGCAGCAGAGAAGAAAGAGCAAAGUUGGUUAUUUUUCUGGCACAUGGAUGCAAUUACACGGAGCACAUUCCAGAGGCGUUACUUUGAAUUUUGAGCAGGUCUGUUUGCCGUUCCCGAGUGGAAAGAAGUUUUUUUAAAAAAGGGAAGAAAAGUCUCUUCUUGGAGACGGAAUGUCUGCACUUUCUAUCCUGAUUCUAGCUAUUUGUUCCGUUUGGACGUCACACGCUCAGACAGUAUUUAGAAGGGUGGCUGAAGCAAACGUCACGCUGCCCUGUCACCAUCGGCUGCACCUCCUGGAGCCAAAAAGCCUGGAUAUAGAAUGGCUGCUACAGGAUUCUGAUGCUGAUCCCAAAGUGGUGAUCACUUAUGCAGGGGGCAAUAUCUACACUGACUUAAUUGAAGAACAAAAGGGUCGUGUUUCAUUUGCCUCCGACUUCCAGGCCGGGGAUGCCUCCUUGGAGAUUUCUGUUCUGCAACUGAGUGACACUGGGCUGUACACGUGCAAAGUUAAAAACGCUGGGCAGUAUGAAUGGACUCACAUCACUCUGAUGGUUCUGGAGAAACCUUCCAAACCUAAAUGCUGGAAAGAAGGAGAGAUGUCUGAAGGAAAAGAAAUUACUUUACAAUGCCAUUCUGCCUCCGGCACAAAACCCAUAAUGUAUAGGUGGAAACGUUUAAUUGACGAGGAGGGGAAAGCUGGAUCCCUUCCACACACGACACAAAUCAACUUUUCUAAUCCUGCACAAAUUAUGAUGAAGAAUCUCACACAGAUGGAUUCGGGGUCAUACCAAUGCAUUGCCUUCAACGAAGCAGGACAGGACAGCUGUGUUGUGCAGGUGACUGUACAGUAUGCACGAAAUCUUGGCAUAAUUGCUGGAGCAGCCUGUGGAGCGAUUGCUGUCCCCACCCUUGUCUUCCUGACAGUGUGGCUGACUAUCAGGAGGAAAGAGAAGAAGAAAUAUGAAGAAGAAGAGUCCCCAAACGAAAUCAGAGAAGAUGCAGAGGCACCAAAAGCCCGAUUAGUCAAGCCUGGCUCCUCUUCUUCUGGUUCCAGAAGUUCACAUUCGGGUUCCUCCUCCACAAGAUCAACAGCAAACAGUGCCUCCCGCAGCCAACAGACAUUGUCAACAGAGGCUACCCCUCAUAUAACUCCAACACAACGCAGCCAGGUGAAUAUGGAUGGCAGGGAAACUGAGCCAAAGAAAAUUAACCACACCAACUUGGUGAAAACAGAAGCCACAUCAACCAUGGUGCCUGCACAGAGUAGGGCUUUCCAGACAGUUUGAUCACUCUGUAUAUGUUCAGAUAUCCAGAACUCACACAAAACACCAGCCAUGUACCAUUAGCUUAGUUUAUCUAAAAGCAACUUUCCCCUCUCUACAUUCACUCACU